AUGAGCGCAACCACCUCAGUAGAAUUUACAGUGGGGAAGUUAGAUGCCGGGAUGGCAAUUCUCCUGACCGAAGACCACCACCUUAUAGAAUUCCCCUCUCUUCUACUUCCGCCAGGCGUGACCUCUGGGAGCAUAGUCAACAUAGCUGUAAACAGAAAUCGGGAGCAAGAAGAAGCCCGGCUAACCGAGUUCUGGAAGCUACAGGAACGCAUUUUGGCAGAGUACGGUAAACACCCUCCAGAAUCACCAAAGUUAAAAGUAAAGCAUAUCACGCAAACUAGUGUAUUACUCGAGUGGGAACCUCUAAAAUUAUACAAGGCAAAGUUUAAAAGUCUCGAUAUCUACAAAAACGGAGACCGUCUUUCUCAACAUGUGCCGGUGGGGAUAAAUUUUAUAAAAUUGAGCGGCUUGGAGCUGAAUACAGAUUACGAAUUUUAUAUUAACAUGAAGACGACUGCUGGAAGCUAUACAAGUAAUAAGUUGACCGUCAAAACGCACAAAUUGGAUAAUCUGACUGGAAUCAAUGUUUGCUUUGGAGCAUUCAGUGAGAGUGAUGAUGGAACACCAAAGGUAGACGAAUUGAAAGAAGUCAUUAAAAGAAUCAGUGCUACAUGGAGUGAACAUGUAGGACCCGAGACUACUCAUUUGCUAUGCAACGUCCAAGGUGGAGUGGAAUAUCAACGCGCUUUAGAUGGUAGUAUACCAAUAGUGAAACCGGAAUGGCUAGUCGCUUCAGAGAAAAAGGGCACAUUGCAAGCUGCUCUGCCUUAUUACUUAGUGCCUCAAGGAGAUAACACUAAUUCUUCAUAG